CAAUGACAUGCGCAGACGGCAGCACGUGUUCAUAAACAAAUUUUCAUGAAAGAGGGAUCACAGAACUAUAUAGUAGUGACUUGUAGUUUGGAAUCUAACCCUUCUUAACUCAGGUAGUUUGCUACAGAGCUCAACGCUUGUUAACAUGGGAACUGAAACUAACAAAGAUGAGCGUAACACGCCAGAAUAUUUAGCACAGUUACUAAAAGACAAGAAACAAAUUCAGGCAUUUCCGAAUGUUUUUGUACACUUGGAAAAACUUUUAGACGAAGAAAUCAACAGAGUUCGAUUACAGUUAUUUCACCAUAAGGGAAGCAAUCGAGAUCCCCUUCCAUUGCCUGAGGUACAGGGACCUACCGUCACACUCUCAGAAAAAUUAUAUGUCCCCGUCAAAGAACACCCAGAUUUCAACUUUGUGGGGAGAAUAUUGGGACCAAGGGGGAUGACAGCAAAAGAGCUGGAACAGUUCACUGGGUGCAAAAUAAUGGUCCGAGGCAAGGGAUCAAUGCGGGAUAAAAAGAAGGUGAAUAUGAACCAUGUGUCAUUUCAGGAGGAGCAGAACAGAGGCAAAGCCAACUGGGAACACUUAAACGAAGAGCUGCACGUUCUUAUCACAGUAGAGGAUGCCAGGCAGAGGGCAGAGGUCAAAAUGGCCAAGGCCAUUGAAGAAGUGAAGAAACUAUUGGUGCCCGCGCCUGAUGGCGAGGAUGACUUAAAGAAACGCCAACUUAUGGAGUUAGCUAUCAUAAAUGGCACAUACCGUGACACUUCUAAACCCUCACCUUCAUCGAACUCCCAAACAUCAACGACUCCUGGUAUGAAAAGACCCUGGGAUCUUGCAAAUAUUCAAGGUGUAGGAUUAGGAAGCCUAACUCCACCGUCAAUGGGACAAGGAGAAGGACCAAGGCUAAUCACCACAGCACAACAGUUAUCACACAUUCCCAAUCUACGCACGCAAACACCACAAGGUGCCCCCAUCAUCUUGACACCGAGGAUCCCGACGAGUCAGGCUGGUUUAAUGAACGGUCCCCCACCACUGGUGUCACCAUCAGAGGCCGCCACAGGUCUGAUGUAUAAUCCAUACGAGUACAAUCCGUACUCUGCAGCCGCCUUUCACCAAGCAGCGGCACUCAUUGAAUAUCCUUCCUCCUUUGACCAAGCCAACCUUGGACAAACAUGGCAAAGCAUAACCAAUCCAAACUGGAGUGGCCAAAUCUAGACAUAAACAUGCGUCCCUAUGCUUUGUAAAGUGGAGGUAGACUUAUCUGUAGACAUUUCACUUGUGUGCCUCUACUUUCACCAUUUAAUAGUUUUUGUUGAAAAUAAACAAAACAUAAUUUUCAUUUGUUUCUUAAAAUAAUCUUACGUUUGGUGAUGGAUUUACACAUAAAAAUCAAAAUAAAAAACAACCCCAAACCAAGUACUACGUAAUACAUAUAAAUUUGAUUUAAUCUAGUUGUGUUUGCUUUUGUCAAAAUAUUCCCCAUGAAUUUAAGCACUCUUUAAGAAUUGUUAUUAAUCCAAUAAUAUGUAUUAAUUUCAGCUUGCGUUUUUCCUUGGUCGAAUGUUUUUCGACCUUUUUUGUCGUGACAUCUCCUGGUUAAUAACAGCACUAGAUAGUCAGAUCAGAUGUAUAGCUAUGAAAAGUUUGGAUUUUUGUUAAUUCCAAGUUUGCAACUUUAAUAAUAAUUUAUAAUAUAUUUUUCAAUUUUAUUUGUAAGGAACUUUUUUAUAUUAUGAAAGAAGUUAAUCCUAUUUUUUAACUAAUUGAUUAACCUCACGAUCUAACAGUUUAAAUUAACACCCAAGUAUUUUUGUGAUAUUCAAAAAAAAGUUUAUUAUUUCCAGCAUAUAUGAAUGUGCUGAAAUUGGCUUUAACAUGAACCAGUUGUCUUUCACGCUGAAAGUUCAAGUAUUGUACAUUGUACAGGCCAUAGCAUGGUGUUGUUGAGUAUUGUUACGUUAGAUGAACCAGGAGGUGUGGUUGACUGGUGCCAUUGGACUUCAAUGAUAGUGUUUGCUUUCUGUCCUUUUAUAUACCUCUCUUUAAUUCUUAACACAAUAGGGAUUUGGAUGUUAACUUUCACAUACCGAAGCGUUGCAGAAAUAUAUCCCUUUGGUAACGGUUUAAACGGAAAACCUCAUGUCAUGGAACAGUAACAUUUUCCUCUUAAUCUCCUGCUAAUUUGGCAUAUGCCGUUUCUGUAAGCUUGGCAUGAGUAACAACAGCUGAAUGAAAACUAUAGGAAUACGCUGCAUUAUCAAGUACUGCCUUAAAAUGUCUGCAUUGGACACAUAAGUGACGGAAGGUCAGAUAGUCCAGGUUCUCCAAUCCAACUAAAACAAAAGUGGUCUCCGAUUGUGUAUCUGCCACUAAUUAAUUGACCUGUCUGAGCAGGUGCUUUCACAGUGUAUUCAUUAUUCACAUGACAUUUAAUAACAAGGCUUCAGACACAUUCCAUGCUUUAUCUACUGCUGUAGCAUAGGUAUGUAUUACACCUGUGUUAAAUCGACACUGCCUGUAUUAUUUCAUUAAGCUGUCAGUAACUCGUGUUCAAAACGGAUAAAAUUGCAUCCUGAUCCCAGCAUUAUUUGUAUCAUACUUAACAGAAAUUAAACAGUUUAAGCAUCUUAAAUGAUUAUAUUUCGCCUUAAAUGAUAAUAUUUUUAGAUUUGUAGAUUUGUAUUCAAAUCAGUAUUAUAGUGAAUACAAGCUCGUAAGUAACAAACCAAUUACUGAAAUAUUUAUAACUAAGCCCACAAGACAAAGUGCCAAAGAUUUCAUAUAAGUAGAAUUAACUUAGAAGAAUUAACCUAGUUAAAUUGUAUGGCUUUGACCUAUCGUUACUCAAUAUAGAUGCCAGGAUCUACAGCCUAUUUACUAAGGCAGGUCAGAGGUCAAGUCUUCGAGAGAAUUUGUGAAUGAAAGCAAACAUUAUCAGCAAAGUCAAAUCAUUGACCACCGAGAGGGAAACUCUCUUUAUACAUAUAUUUCUUUCUUUUUUUGCAUUUGUCAAGGCCAAUAUCUAAAUGUCUUGGGAUAUUGUAGGUGCAGUGCCUAAAAUGAGGAGAACCCUCGAGGGAAUGAGAGCCCACCCUUACGCAAGGGUUUCUCUUCCAUAAAUUUGGAAGGUUAGUCCCAAUUAUUACUUAUAUUUUAUUUGAGAUGUUUUGCCCUAGUGGAGUUCCAUUUCUUUUCAAAGGCAAUGGUUAACAAUGAUGUGAACAAAAAAAAAUCCACUUUGUAUUUUAAUUGACCUGGCACAAAACUUUCUCACCAUCUGUACAUGGUUUAAUUGAUAUCAAACAUCCUUUCUCCAGAAAUUUGUGUUGGAGUAAAUCAAGUUAGUGCCAUUUUGUUGUAAUAAAAAUACAAGAACCAUUUCUUUUGUUUCCAUCAGGUUUUGUGUUAAACCAUUGCCAUUGACAAAUGCUCUGUAUAUGUAAUAUAUAUAUAUACAUAUGUGCUCUUUUUAUACCUUUGAUCAAAGUUAUUUAUAUUUUACAUGAGAACAAAAAUCAAAUUUUACCUAUCCAACAUUGAUAGUUGUGCAUAAUACUUUUAUUUAAGUUUUAUAUUUGAUGUGCCUUAAAGGCAGGUGUUUUCCCUGUAGAGCUGAUGUAAAACGACCGUACCGUAUCGUCUCAUCACAACUACAUAUAAUGUAAUACAGAUAGUGUUGUUGGCAAACAGUACCAAUAUAGGUUGGCCAUUAGUUGGUGAGGGUCAGGUUGGCCAUUAGUUGGUGAGGGUCAGUUUUAGAAAUAUUUUCCCUGUCUGAUUCGUCUCCCAUCAUGUUCACAUAUAAAUUUCAGCAUUUUGUUUAGCAUGAUUUUUUUUUUUUUGAUGAGUUUAAAGUUUAAGAAUUUGUUAGAUUUCAUUGAGUUAUAUACAUAUAUAUUACAGUAAUUAAUUUGAACGCAAAAACUAGAAGCAAUACUCAGGAUGUUACGUUUGAUUUACAUGGUAUUUCCUUGUUUUGUUAGCUUGUGAGUGUUAUAUGACGAUCAAAAUAGAAGAAAAACUACUGCAAAAUUCAUAAAGAUCAUUUGUAAGAUUCAUUUUGUCAGAACCAUUCUAUUGGUUUGAACUCUUUUCAUAUGCAAUUUCCAUACAUUAUAUUCAUGAUUUUAUCGUUUAAAAGCCAAGUGUCAGUUUUUGUUUGGGUUUAUUAGCAGAACAUAAACCUAUCAAUCUCUAUUGACAACCUGUUAAGAGAAAUAAGUGAGAUUUCAAUAGAAAGUCCAAUAAAUGGCUCAGUAUCUUAAUAUAAAUCAAAAACAUUUUAAAGUCAUUGCUCAAGUUCCAUACGUAGUAUAGUUGGUGUUAGACUGAACUCCUUACCCAGCAAAUAGUCCCCAUACUGGUGACAGCAAUAGCAAGGGUUUUCUACAUACAUCUAGUUAUCUUUCUUAAAAAGUGUUCUUAAAUUUGUUUAGCCAUUCAAAAUACAGUAGAAAGGUCAUAUAUUUCUUAAAAAGUGUUCUUAGAUUUGUUUAGCCAUUCAAACAAAAUACAGUAGAAAGGUCAAAUUAAAUUUGAUUCUUCAAAGAAUUUUCUGUACUCGUGGAAUAUUGUUUACAAAAUGUUUUAAAGCAAAUACGGAGUAUGAUAUGGAUAGGUUAGAACUACUGUAUACAUUUUAUAUGUGGAAGGGAUCCUAAGGAAUGCCUUAGUAUCGCGCUAGAUACAGAUCAUUAUUACUCAAUGCGUUAAAUGUUUAUUAUUUUCUCGGGAUAUUAGUGCAAAGUCCAUGCAAGUACAAUCAUAAGUUUGUGUAGGCAGAUACAGCCAGUGUAUUAUUGAAUGUCCCCUUGUUAUUGUAGAUGUCCACACUUGUUAGAUAUAUAUAUAUACAACAUGACAUCAACAUUUUCUUCCAACUUUUACAAUGAAAACCGUGUGAAGAGAAACACGUGCAAUUGUUGUUAUAUUUUAAGUAUGUUUAGGAAUAAAAGCACAUCAGUUGAGCAAA